GCUCGGAUAAUGAUGCUGCCUGUGUGCGAAUGUGAGGGACCGGAACAAAGCUGUUACCACUAGUCAAUCUUUGCUGCAGGCCACCGCUUCAUACACACUCCCAGAUACCUAUGUCUGCAAAAUCUUGUCGAUAUCAGCACAGUAGGUCCCAGGAGUUAGGUCAUCAUGAAGUCAGGUGCUCGCACUUUGGAUGACCCGAUCAGAGUUAACCGCUACUUUCUUCCUGCAGCCGCUCAUCCGCAGGCAUCAUGACAAGGCAUCUCGGCUACAACCCUGCAUAUCAUUCAAUCCAUUGAAUUGAUCGACCUCACUAUGGCUCGCGCUGCAAUGACCAAACUCUCCUGGGAGAGUCACGUCCUCCGUCCCGUGCAAAACGCACCUCCCGCCAUCAUUCCCACAUUAAUUUACGGUACCGCUUGGAAGAAAGACCAGACCGCCGAUUUGGUACACCAGGCGCUCGGGGCUGGUUUCCGCGCCGUGGACACUGCUGCCCAACCCAAACAUUAUCGCGAGGACUUGGUCGGGGAAGGCAUACGCAGGACCCUCCAGGAUGGCUACGUCCGACGAGAAGAUCUUCAUGUCCAAACCAAAUUCACGUCCGUCAAUGGCCAGAGUCCGGAUAAUAUGCCGUAUGACCCCAAGGCCUCGGUGACUGAUCAGGUCCAUGCGUCUAUCAAGUCGUCGCUGCAUAAUUUCCGGCCGCUAGGCACGGCAGAUAGUGUGAACGACGCAUACAUUGACAUGCUCAUUCUGCAUUCACCGCUGCCGACGAUGUCUCAGACAUUGGAGGCUUGGUCCGCGGUUGAGAGCUAUGUUCCUCACCAGAUCCGUAGCCUGGGUAUAUCCAACACGACUCUGUCCAUCUUGAAGGAGCUGUUUGGCCAAGCAAGGGUAAAGCCUGCUGUGGUUCAGAACCGAUUCUAUGCCGACACGCAAUACGAUGUUCCCUUGAGGGCCUUUUGCCGGGAGAACCAAAUCAUUUACCAGAGCUUCUGGACGCUAUCGGCAAAUCCAGGAUUAAUUCGCUCGGAUGCUGUUCAGCUGCUUGCCCACGAAGCAGAUAUCUCGCCAGCUGCAGCACUUUACUGUCUUGUUCUAGGACUGGGACACACUACGGUGUUGGACGGUACAACCAAGCGCCAUCAUAUGGAGGAAGACUUGGCUGCCCUGCAGAAGAUCGAGCGGUUUACGGAGGAUCAGCCAGACCUGUGGCAGAGAAUACUGAAACGCUUCCGGCAGUUAACUGGUGACCAGCUGGUGGAAUAGACUGAUUCUCUUGAUGGUGAAGUCUUUGAUUGCUUUCAUCCUGUACAUCUGUGCUUGGCUUUCUGCAGCCCCCAGAUGUUUGGC